GUUCCCUGUGGUACGUGGUGUCCAGGGUCGCGCUGUUKGGACAUUCUUGACAUAGUUUGCCAUAGUUAGCCGUAGCCAAGGUGGGCGGAAGUAGCAAACAURUCUUAAUAACUAACUUCGAUUGCAUUCAAGAAUAAUUAUUUGCCAAUCCAUUGCGGAGCUGCGGCCAUCACGAUCACAGUGUCAACAAAUUGUCAACUACUACCUGAUUGCCAUCAUGUCAAAAGGCAUUGUAUCACCACCACCUGAACCUGAUGGUACUGAAGGAACAGCCACUGAGCAUCUGACCCAAGUCAGCUACCCCAACCAGGAGCAUCUGACCCAAGUCAGCCACCCCAACCAGGAGCAUCUGACUCCAGACAGUCACCCCAACCAGGAGCAUCUGACUCCAGACAGCCACCCCAACCAGGAGCAUCUGACUCCAGUCAGCUACCCCAACCAGGAGUAUCUGAUCCCAGUCAGCCAGAUCAAGGAAUAUCUGGCCCAAAUAAGGCACCUCCAACAGGAAAACCUGGAACCUCUCAGGCUGACAGUAUGCCCAAAGGAGAGACAAAAAAAGACAAUUUCAUUCAACUUCAUACAUUGGUUUUUGAAGAAGGUACCAAAGUGCUGAGAAUGAUUUUCGAUGAAAAGCGUGAUAUCAUUCUUGAACAGUUUAAUGAAGAUCCUUCCUUAGAGAGGAAGCUCAAGAGAAGUCUUAAUCCAAAACUGAUAGCAAAACUGAUAGCAAAAGGAUUUCCAUCGGAGGAUUGUGAUAUCACAUGUUUGUGUGUGCUUUUGAGUUUUGCUGACUUGGAACCUGAAAAAUMUGCAGCCAUAGAUCAAAUUAGAAAGAAUAGAAAUAUGUUAGCGCAUCCUACUGACCUUGCAUUGAGUUAUUACGAGUUUGAAAGAAGAUGGACCGAAAUAGCGGAUGCACUGGUUGAACUGGGCGGAGAAAAGUGCAGGCCUAGGAAAUUCACGCUGAAAGCAGCACAAGAUGAAAAAGGCAUGGUUUCGGAUAGUGAAGACUUGGAAGAUUUACAACAAGAAUGGCAAAUUAUUAACGGCAACAUGAAAGRAAGUGGCACUGGACAUUACAAGCUUUAUAGACCACUAGAUAGCGUUGGAAGUCAACAACAAGGGCAAAAUGCGAACCAAGACUUAGAUCUGGUGACGCUAUUGGAUAGCGACGAAAGUAUCGGAGAUGGUUUGGCUCUUCGUCUUGAUCAUGAGUACCAGGUAUCGCGUAAUUGGAGACAUCUGGCUAAUGAAAUGGGUGCUCCCGAUAUGAUCAUACAAAAAUGUAAAAAUGAUACUGUACACAGCCCAACGUUAUUACUCUUGAAGUAUCCAAAUGUUAGUUGCAAAAAUGUCGAUGAGUUGGUGAAAAAGCUGAAGCAGAUUGGAAGAAAGGAUCUUGUCAACUUACUUCAUUCUCACAUCCCAAAAGCCAAUCAAGGGAAAUCAUUAAACGACACACUUCUUAAGAUGGACGGUGUUUUGGAUAAGCUAGCUUGCAAACUUGACCUGCGAAGUARAGUAAACAAAAAUUGGCGGGAUCUUGGAAAAUUAUUAGGACUGRAACCAUGGAGACUUGAUCUUAUUGAGAAAGGAAAUAACCCAACAAAAGAUUUUCUGCUGUAUGUGUACAGAGAUUUGCAUGUGACAGCUGGAAAGUUUCGACAGAUCAUUGACGGCUUCAAAGAUAGAUCUGAUGUAGUAAAGCUGUUAGACGAAUAUAAAAUAUUUCCAGAAGACAACAGACCUCUUAAAGAUGUAAUUAAGCCAGAGAGUGAAGCAAUGCGCAAAGUGUGUGAAUGUUUAAACAACAAUCUCCGAGGUGUUCUUCAUGACUGGAAGAAUGUGGCUUGUAAAUUGGAAAUACCAUACGAGACGUACAGCACUUUUGACCCGCCAGAGCGAUCUAGCCCAACCAAGGAGCUUCUGGACUGGGUUAGAUCAGAUCAGGACUUGAUGUCGGUCUACAAUGAAAACGAGGCUUCGAGAAAACAAUAGAUCACUUUUUGCUUCAGGACUGUAAUCAGGAAAUUGUUGGGGAGGAAGUACAAAAGUGGAAAUGAACUCACUUUAAACAGUGUCUUCAGAUAGAUAGUCUACAAAUAACACUUCCAUGCAUUGCACCGUAGGUGAUAAUGAAAUCUGACAGAUGGAUUCUAAGUGUUACUCUUAGAGCUGCACGUGCACCCUUUCCUCCCCCCAGAGCCUUCCCCAUUUUCAGUUACUUUGCUCGUAACAAUCAACAGGCCAGAAUAUCGAAAGUGGGCUAUUCAAGAAUGACGAAACUUCGCACAGUCAUAUAGAACUGAAUUUGUGACCUAUAGUUUUGACAUAAUACUUAUCACAUUUUAAACCUUUAAAAAGGUUUAUACAUUCACAUAGGCAACACCCUGUAAUUAGCUAACACACGUUAGCAUUGUAAAACAGAACUAGRAAAAGUAGGGGCUUUUUGAUGGGYACCCUUUCUUAGGUUCAGAAUCCGAUUCAGAAGUGACUGAAAAAAAAACGAAAAACAUAUACAAAAAUUACGAAAAAAAUCAGUACGAGUUUCUACAAUCAAUAUUAUACUACUAGAAUAGAACAAAAACAAUAAUUAGGACCAAUUARUAGAAUUAAAUUUAGAUAGACUUUAUAGACUUUUUUAGAUGGGCAUUUUUAUGAUAGGUUUGGUGUUUUUAAUUAAUAAGAUUUAAAUGUACAUAAAAAAUAUUUAACAGAAUGCACCAUGUAAUCAAUUAAUACAAAUAAAAUGACAUGACGACACAAAAACA